AUGUCACGUGACCUAUGGUCUCGAUGUUCGCUUGUUCUGAAAUCUUUUCGCCUCUUACCAUGCGAUGAGGUUGAACAGGCGAGACGCAAGACUAGGUUCUGCGAGUCAUCUACACCUGUGUUGAGAAUGGGAGGCAAAGUCAAGGGCGAGAAGAACAACCGGCAGAAGCUUGCCUCGGAGAAAGAGCGGUUUCUGCAGUGCUGCUCGGACAUCACGGUGGAGCUGGUGGAGUCGCUGUCCAACGGCUCCACGCGGGAGGUGAACCUGAACGGGCUGAUUACCCGGUACUCCAAGAAGUACCGGCUGAAGCAGCAGCCGCGGCUUACAGACAUCAUUAACUCGAUCCCAGACCAGCACAAGAAGUACCUGUUGCCGAAGCUGAAGGCCAAGCCGGUGCGGACGGCCUCCGGGAUUGCGGUUGUAGCGGUGAUGUGCAAGCCACACCGCUGUCCGCACAUUGCGUACACGGGGAACAUCUGUGUGUACUGCCCUGGCGGGCCGGACUCGGACUUUGAGUACUCCACGCAGUCCUACACCGGGUACGAGCCCACCUCGAUGCGCGCGAUCCGCGCGCGGUACGACCCGUAUGAGCAGGCGCGCGGGCGGGUCGAACAGCUCAAGCAGCUAGGACACUCGAUCGACAAGGUGGAGUACAUCAUCAUGGGCGGCACCUUUAUGUCGUUGCCGCGCGAGUACCGCGAGGACUUCAUUGUGAAGCUGCACAACGCGCUGUCGGGCUUUAACGGGAGCGACAUCGACGAGGCCAUCCGCUAUUCUCAGCAAUCGCUGACCAAGUGCGUGGGUAUCACCAUCGAGACGCGGCCCGACUACUGUACGCGAACCCAUCUCGACGAUAUGCUGAAGUAUGGAUGCACAAGACUUGAAAUCGGCGUGCAGUCCCUAUAUGAAGAUGUUGCACGGGAUACCAACAGAGGACACACCGUGAAGUCCGUGUGCGAGACGUUUGCGGUUGCGAAGGACGCUGGCUACAAGAUUGUGUCCCACAUGAUGCCUGACCUGCCCAACGUCGGCAUGGAGCGGGACAUCGAGCAGUUCAAAGAGUACUUUGAGAACCCAGCAUUCCGCACGGACGGCCUGAAGAUAUACCCGACGCUCGUUAUCCGUGGCACUGGCCUGUAUGAGCUGUGGAAGACAGGCCGGUACAAGUCUUACAAUGCCAACGCCCUGGUCGACCUGGUGGCACGUAUCAUGGCGUUGGUGCCGCCCUGGACCAGAAUCUACCGUGUUCAGAGAGACAUACCCAUGCCACUGGUCACCUCGGGCGUGGAGAAUGGGAAUCUGCGGGAGCUCGCGCUAGCCCGGAUGAAGGAUUUUGGGACAACCUGCAGAGACGUACGCACUAGAGAGGUGGGAAUCCAAGAGGUGCACCAUAAAGUACACCCUGAGCAGGUGGAGCUGAUACGCAGGGACUACUACGCGAACGGCGGCUGGGAGACGUUCCUCUCCUACGAGGAUCCCAAACAGGAUAUCCUGAUCGGUCUGCUCCGCCUGCGGAAGGCCUCCAAGAAAUACACCUACAGGAAAGAGUUCACGGCACAGCGGACCUCGAUCGUGCGGGAGCUGCACGUCUACGGCUCGGUCGUCCCGCUGCACUCGAGGGACCCGCGCAAGUUCCAGCAUCAGGGGUUCGGCACGCUGCUCAUGGAGGAGGCCGAGCGCAUUGCCAGGGAAGAGCACGGCUCCCAGAAGAUAUCCGUCAUCUCCGGGGUCGGCGUCAGGAACUACUACGCCCGGCUCGGGUACGAGCUGGACGGGCCCUACAUGUCGAAGAGUCUCAUAUAA